AUGCUUAGCACUCUCGAUUUUCUGAUAUACGGCGAGCAGCGCGGAAAACCGAAACGAAAAUUGAAAAAUGUCUCCUACAUGUACAUUGUCAAUAAAAACCAGCCGAUACGCGAUGAAAAUGGCAAGGCCCUACCCAGUGAUAGACUGCGAUUGUUGUUGAAUGAAAGGCUUGCGCGGCUUGGAAUUGAGCAACUGAAAGAUAUUCUCGACAAAAUUCUAGACAAACUCGAAAACGCCGAUGAAGCCCUUUAUUAUUUUGUGCUAGUGGCCACACAUCGUUUAGAUGAUUCGGAAUUCGCCGAGAGUUUGAAACAAUUGAGUGUCGAUCAAAAUCUGGCGCUGAAAUUCGAGGGCACGUUCCGCGCGCGACCCUGCACCGAGCCAUUGAUGCGAGAGAAUGUGCCGCAAAUCGCUUGGGACAUUUCAAAGGCGCUCAACGCGACGUUGGACGUCGUCGACGAGCCCGAACCGCCCAACGAUUUGCACAAUAUUGAGCCAAUCGACGAAUGGGGACUGAUUUCGGAGGAGUAUCGCAAGAUUUUGAAAAGCGAGGAGCUUUUGAAAUGUGUCGAUGAAAACAGGUCCAUCGAUUUUUUCCAUUUGGAUUCUCGAGAAGCGUUUGGCCGAUUUCUUCUCGAAAUGUACCGAGGAACGAGCAAUGAGGUUUUUCAGAUUGACGGAAUGAAUCAUUUCUAUUUGGCGAAACCCACAAGGAUUUUGAGCGAAUCAUUGGAAAUUUUCGACGAGUCGAUCAAUAUUUUUCAAGCGUGCUCGAACCUCUACGAGCUCGCCGCUGGUCAUUCAAGUGUCCUCUACCAAAUGAUUCAUGUGAUUGAGGAAAUGACAGAGUAUAGUCCGAUUCGACUCAAUGAUAUGGCCUUUAUUGGAAGUCGAUCAGCCGCCAUGCGAUAUUCGCGUCAGAUGUGGUCGCGAUUGAAUCGCAAAAUGAUUCAAUUCAUCGUGAAGAAGCUCGCCGAGAUGCUGACGUCGCCAGAAGCCGAGCUCUUCGAGUUGUUCGUGCCUGUCGAUGACGUGAAGGACAUCAAAGAACCUAGCAUUUGGCAGCGUUUGAACCCACUCAUUCUUGAAUCGUCAAAUUGCGUCGACGAGGCGCUCGCGAGUCGCGUCGUCGAUCUUGUCAUCGGCUAUCGAUUCUUUGUGACCGCCAAAAAUGGGAGCUACAAGUAUGACGAGACGACAUUUGGCAAGACCGACAUUCAGGAUGCCGUCGAGCUUGAGCUGUUCGCCAAAACGCCAGAGUUCGAGAAGCUCAUCGAGCGUGUUCUCGAUGAGCACGACGAUCUCGAAGGCUGCAUUUCGACGCUGCUCGACGUUCUACCAACGUCAACGCUCAUCGACAAAUACUGCCGGAUUGUUCUCGACGACUCGGUGCGAUUUUUCGGCUUCCUCAAAAAAUUCUUCACAACCGCCUACGUCCAUUUGAGGAGAAACAUAAAUUUGUCGCUUCUCACCAGCAUCGACAUCGACAAAAUGCACAAUUUCGGGUACGAUCGCAAAUUUUUGGGCGCGAUUGGCGUGCCGCGCGACAAACGCUCCGACUACUUCAACAUUUCAAUCGAGCCGAACGCGCCUUUAAACGUCUACGUGUCCGAAAGCGCUCAGGAGAUCUACAACAAUAUGUUCAGCAUUCUUCAAAUGCUUCACACCGCGUUGGACGCCGUCCUCGAGACGCACAAAAGCGAGACGCUUGUCCACGAGCCGUCGCUUCGAUACGCGUUCUUCCACAUGAACAACACGGUGUUUCUGAUUCGCAAGAACAUGCUCGGACUCAUCGACGUGGCGUUCGAGCGAAUGCAAAAAGCGUUGGAUUGGCGCGCGCGGCAACGUCGGCCGAAAACCGGCACCGAAUGGCUGAACGCGUGCUUUUUCGCGCAUCGCGCAUUCUUGCGCGAAAUCUCCGACGCCAUAAUGAUGAAGAUCAAUCGAAUGACGACGGGUGUCAUUAUUUCGAUGAUGGUCGAGAGUGUUCAGAAGGCGUCGCAAUCGUGCGCCGACGGCGACGCGGUCGGCGCCAGCAAUCACUACAAACAGUUUCUGCUCAAACUGAAAGUGUUCCUCGAUCAGUGUCGUCUCGACCGCGCGCGCUACGGAAUGUACAAAUGUCUCGAGAUCGAGGACGACUCGCCCGACGGCCGAAAAUCGCAGUUCUCCUCGUAUUCCGACGACAUCAGUUGUCGCAAUAUGGACAAUUAUGUGCCGGCCGAGGAGCGCGUCGAAGAAGCGGCGAAUCCGUUUCCGGAGGCGUUUCACGGUUGUCCGGUGAUGAGCGUCGGCAAGAAUUCGAAGUUCGCCAAACUGCACGCGUUCGUCAAUCGACACUUCGAGGACGCGUCGAAUCGCUUCGUCAUGUUCCAAUCGAUCGACGGCGCCACCGAUCGCGUCAUCUCGUGCGUCGAGGUCUUCAAACAGUGCCACGACGGCGAAUUGUACCAAUGGACGAAGAUCGCAUCGACGAAACGGAUAAUCUUGUGGAAAUGCGUUAUCGACGGACCGCGCGACAUCGUCGCCACCGUCGACGUGCCGGUGCUCUUCGUCCUCCUGUCGAAAGACGCGUUUCCGGCCGAGUUGAGCUGUCUGAGUAUGCAGUGCUCGACCGACAAAGACGUCGCGUUUCGCGAGCAUCAGCCGACGACGAAACGGACGCCGCAAAAGCGGCAGGCGUCGAAGCGCGGAAUGAACGCGUCGCAGACGAGCGGUAGCAAAUGGGCGAAACCGACGCCCGACCAACGGCGAAAAGAGCAAGCCGAGCGGCAGCAGGUGUUCGACGAAAUCGAAAAGGCCGCCUAG